AUGGCGAAGGCAGAAAGAAUGGCAAUGAUGUCAAGAGGCAGAUCCUUAUCACCAGGUGCAGCUGGUGGUAGUGGGCUUUACAAAAGCCGGUCACCGUCUGCAUCCCGCGAAGACUUUAACAAAGAUCUUAAAUGGUCAAUUACAAAUCACGAUCCGCUGGAGAGGAUCCAAAAACCGAAUGACGCAAAUGAUGAAGAUAGAACUUGGGAGAACGAUGUGAGUGAAGAAGAACAUAUUAGUGAUGAUGAUACAAAUGAAAAGUUUCAAUACGCAGAUACUGGAAAUAUUCUACCAAACUAUGCAUGUCAAGACGAAAAGAUUAAUGAGGUGAGUUCCAUCUUGGAGCACUCCAAUCUAAACGACCAUUCAACAGUUAGACGAUUAGAAGAGUUGACUGCAAACGAGAGGGCGUUGGCUGCAGCCAAGAAUGCAGGAAGCAAAGUUGAUCAAGGGGUAUUGGAUAAGUUGGCUAGUGAUAAACACAAAUUGACUGGCUCCGAAGCGUUGAAUUUAAGGAAUUCUGACCAAGACGCAUCGAGCAGACGGCAAAAAUUGGAAAAUUACCAAGCAUAUAGAAGGAAGAUUAUUGAUCACGAAAAUGGUCUUAGCUCGCCACCAACCUCGGCCUCUCCCACGAGAGGUGGUAGUGGUAAUGGUGCUGGUGCUGGAGCGGGAGCGGGAGGCGGCGAAGAAGAUGGAGAUUUCAUGGUUCCCUACACCUCAGCAGUUGAAGAUAAAUUGGAUAGUGAAUUUGCUUCACAAUUGAAUGAGACUAUUAGAGAAGGUGAAGUGGAUUCAAAUAAAGCACAUUCGCGAGUUAUUCAAACAAUCACAAGAGGUAAUUUUUUCCAAUUGGUGAACCCCAAGAUCAAACCCAAGAUGUUUCUUGUAUGCAUGGACUUUUCGCCAGAGUCUAUAUUUGCAUUGGAGUGGUCAUUGGGUACUGUGUUGGUUGAUGGUUCGGUGUUGUUCAUUACCUGUGUCAUUGAAGAUAGCGACACCAAUCACCAUUUGAAAGGUAACACUCAAAACGAGAAUCAAAGAGAGAGGCAGAGGCUUGAAAUGUUGAACAAGGCAAAGCAACAGGUGCUCAAUUUGUUGAAGCUCACAAAAUUGCAGAUACAUAUUGUUAUCGAGAUUGUCCAUCACCCUAUACCAAGACACUUGAUUUUGGAGUUUAUUGAUAAUUUGCAACCUACAUUGGUCGUGGUGGGUUCAAAAGGACAGAGUGCAAUCAAAGGUGUGCUUCUUGGCUCUUUAUCCAACUACCUUGUCACCAAGUCCACAGUGCCGGUUAUGGUGGUGCGUGAAAAGUUGAAGAAGAUCAAUAGGUUCAAGAGCGGCUCAUCAAUGUUUUCAAACAAUAUAAAACCAUUGACAUUAUCAGAGGCCAGAAUAGAUUAA